AUGUUCAGUUUCAAACAAUUUCUAUUUCUAAUUUCUUUCAAGUUUGCAAUUUCUUCGUAUUUCGAUGAAAAUAUCAGUGAAAUUCAAUGUAAAUGUGUCCCACCGCAUUUAUGUGCGGAUCAUGAUGAAGCUGCCAAUGGACAGGGAUUAUUGGAUAUCCGAUUUGAGGACGACUCUUGCCCGAAUCAUUUUGACGUCUGUUGUGAGACUCCUUUAGAAACCAGUCCGAAACCCUUGCCGUCAAAAAAAUGCGGUUUUGCAAAUUCUCAAGGUAUUGGCCCGCGCAUUACAUCCGAUUCGGAAGUGGUUCAAUUCGGGGAACUCCCCUGGACUGUCCUUGUUUUUGUAACCUCGCAAACCGUCGAAAAAGCGCCGUUAAUAUGCGGGGGUUCCUUAAUCCACCCUCAGGUGGUUCUAACUGCCGGUCAUUGCGUCUCCACCACCUCUUCUGACACUGUGAAAGUGCGAGCAGGCGAAUGGAACAUCAAGAGAACAGACGAACCCUACCCUCACCAAGACGAAUUUGUGAAGGAAAUCCUCGUUCACCCGCAAUACAAAACGGGCACUUUAUGGAACGACAUAGCUUUGCUUGUUCUGAAUCAAGCAUUUGUUGUGAAAGCAAAUAUCGGCUUCAUUUGUUUGCCGGGGGGAAAAUUAAAAGUUGAUGAGAAGCGGUGUGUGGCGAGCGGUUGGGGACGCAAAGCGACGGCGAGGGGAAGAUUGUCGGCGGUUUUGAAAAAGGUGACGGUGCCGUUAGUUGGAAGGAAUAAGUGUCAAAAGGCACUGAGAGGGACCAAGUUGGGGAAAGCGUUCAGGUUGCACAAGAGUUUUAUGUGUGCAGGAGGGGAGAAGAACAGGGAUGCUUGCAAAGGAGACGGAGGAAGUCCCUUGAUUUGUCCCUUGGAGGAGGAAGGGAGGUUUGUUCAAGUAGGAAUUGUUUCGUGGGGGAUUGGAUGCGGAGGAAAUAAAACGCCAGGGGUUUAUGUCAAUUUGCCGAUGUAUACGAACUGGGUUGAUAGGCAUAUGAAAGAAAGGAAUUUUUCAACUAGUUAUUAUAAGGUGUAG